AUGGCAAGCAAACCGGGCACGUUUCACUUGUUUCCCAGGCUUCCGCCCGAACUCCGUCUAGCGAUAUGGCGCGAGUGCCUACCUUCCCGUGUGAUGGAGCUGGAUGACCAACAUGGCGUACUGACAUGGGAUGACCGGUCACCAAGAGAUAAAGAAUGCAAUAUAUCACGAAUAAAUGCGACCCCUCCUGUGAUCGCGCGUGUUUGCUGUGAAUCGAGAGCCGUUGCCUUCGAAUGCGGUCGUCCCCAAAUACUCCCAGAUGAGACUAACCCAGAGACCUGUCGGUAUGGAAAUUAUAUGAUAGAAGAUCCCUGGCUUGACACAGCUCGUGAUAUAGUUCACCUGAAUUGGGAUUUAUUUGUCGAUAUUGAAAUGACGAGCUAUAGUUGGGGCGACCCAAUACGCUGCCUUAUAUGGUCCGCGGAGCGGACAAGGUCUACCCAAGCUUCUAUGAUGCUAGGUGUUUUGCAGGUUUUUCAAGGCCGUGAUAACCCGGAUGAACCUCACAGACACUAUAGGUGGACCCGAUCUGAGCUCACAGAUCUGAUACGCUCCAAACCAGUGAGCUGGAAGGUGAUCGUUCUCCCUCCAGUCAUCAUACACGCCGACGUUGAAACCAGCGCGGGCCUUUUCGGCCUUCUGGCCGAUGCACGAGUGCAAAUUGUUGAUGUGGACGAUAUAGCAAGAAUAAAUAAGUUUCUUGCGCUUGGUGAGGAACGUACUGCAUCCCUAUGGCCAAAAUUCGAGCAGGAAGAUCUGAUCUCGGGUAAAGUGGCUUUGGCGGCAGCCGUCGAGGAGAACUUUGGGUCCGAAGAGGAUGCUCCUACAAUGCGUGCAGCUGUUAUGUUCCGAUUAUGCACCAAUGAUCACAUCAAUACGAAGUAA